AUGACGAGCGCGAGUGAGGGCUCGUGUACUGCCACGACCUCCCAGUCGGCAUUUAGUGGACCGGUGGCUGGGAGUGCGGAAGGGUACGCAUUGCUAGUGUUCUCCUUCGGUGCACUUCUCGCCAGCGGAGUUGAGAUGACCAUGAUGUUUUCGGAGAUGGUUCCGGUCAGAAAGCUGAUAAUGACCGUUGUCUUCUCAUGCCUGGCAGCUGCUCUUCUUAUUUUGCAAUCCACCAGUCCGCCUGUUACAUAUCUGGUUCCCGAGGAGUUGCCUCCUCAACCGCCUCUCCGGACCGGACUCAGCCCUGACGAACUCUCACAAGUAAAGGCAACGCAGGCGAUGCGACUGGCUCUACUGGAAAGGGAAUGCAGCAGAGAACAUGAGCGAAGAUUUAGCAUCCGGCAUCUUACGAUGGAGCAGGUGGCAAAGAGGACCUCUGUAGUGGAGAAGUACCACGUGUCAAACUGCGUGGUCUACAAAGCAGGGUCGUCUGCCUGGAAUGGCCUCUUGGCGCACGUCCUCGGCAGGAAUGACUUGAUUAAAACUGGUGAAGUGUACAAGAUGGCUGAUAUCCUGAGGCCUACCAAGUCGAGCCUCCAGAAGGUGGUGGCCUCUAAAGACUACAUCCGGUUCGUGGUGGCGAGGGAGCCCCUGUCCCGCCUCCUGUCCGCCUAUCGCGACCGCAUCCUCGAUAUCUCUCAUCCGUCGUGGCAGGCGCACCACUUCGCGCCACUUAUUUUGCAAUACACGAGGGGCACUGCGCUCAAUUCAGCCUUCCUCAGGUACCCCUCCGAAGACAUGUUCUUCCCAAACGGCUCGGUGCGCAUCAUGCCGACCUUCCUGGAGUUCGCCCGCUAUGUGGCUGAAAGUCCGUCCGUGUCCCUCGAUCCGCACUGGAAACCCGUGUCCCUGCAGUGUGGCCUCUGCAUCGUCAACUACACCGUCGUGGUGCAUAUGGAGUCAUUCCUCCCCGACAUCCGGUAUAUCCUCAGAGAGAGCGGCAUGGAGCGUGACGUGGACGCGAGCCUGCUGGUGGUGAACGCGCACAAAGGGAAGGGCAAGACAGAGGACCUCUUAAUCUCCAACUACUCCACUCUUCCGCCUGAACUCCUGAAGAAGCUCCUUCGUCUCUACUCCCAAGACUUCAGGUUUUUCGGUUACGACCCGAGGGAUAUCCUUGAAAAGAUAUAUCCAGGGAGGAAAGAUGUUUUAGAUAGCCUUAUGAGCGUUCUUUGAGCUAAUCUCUCCCGGAAAAUAAUCUUAUGAAUCGCGUGGCAUCUACGAGGGUGCGAUAUAUAUACAUACACGUUGUAAUGUAUGGCACAGAUAUAUUUUUUGCGUUAAUUAUUUUUUAUACCUGUAACUUUGAACAUUAAUAAAUUGUUAGAUUCUCAUAA